AUGGUGGGGAAUGAGGGAGUGAGUGGGGUUGGUUCGAGUUUACCUCACUGUGUGAAACUGACGGACAUUGAGCCUCUGGCAAUGCAGUCGGGAGGGGAUGUUGUGAUUGGAGGGCUUUUCCCUCUGCAUUAUGAUGCUCAUAUGCAAGAGCAAAGCUACCAAAGCAAACCUCAGCUCACACCUUGCAGUGGCUUUUACCACAGGGCCUUCCGAUGGAUAAUGACCAUGGUGUUUGCAGUGGAGGAAAUAAACCGUAAUUCGAGCCUGUUACCAGGUGUUAAACUUGGCUAUAGAAUUAUGGACAGCUGUAAUCGUGUCCACACCAGCCUGAGAACUCUUUUGUCUUUAGAAAAUGUAACAGGGGAGAUAUUAGAUAGCAGUACAAAAUCUCAAGCUUUACCCUCAUGUCUGUCUGAUUCUUCUGUGUCGGCUGUGAUCGGCCUUGCAUCCUCUUCCCCUACAAGAGCUGCAGCUCACACCCUUGGCCCUUUCAACCUUCCACUGGUGAGUUAUUUUGCCACUUGUAGCUGUCUCACUGACAAGUAUAUGUACCCGUCAUUCUUGCGGACUGUGCCGAGUGAUCUCUUUCAAGUUAGAGGUCUUGUUCAGCUGGUCACCUUCUUAGGCUGGCUCUGGGUUGGCACAAUAGGGACUAUGGAUGACUACAGUCAAUAUGGAAUCCAAGCAUUUUCCAACCAGUUAAGACAACAAGGUGGGUGUGUGGCAUUUCAUUUGACCAUCCCAAAAUCACCCACAGCAGCCGAGAUACAAGAAAUAGCAGACAAGCUACAGAGUUCAACUGCGAUGGUGGUGGUGGUCUUUGGAAGGCAAGGACACCUGCUGGACCUUUUCUUAGAGCUGGCUCAGAGAAAUGUGACAGGAAUCCAGUGGGUAGCUAGUGAAGCCUGGGUGACCGCUAAACCGCUGACCUCAGCCCACUUCCACCCUCUCCUAGAGGGCACGCUGGGCUUCUCCUUUCCUGGAGUCAGGAUCCCCGGCUUGAAAGAGUUCCUGUUGAAUGUCCGCCCUUCUCCCAAACCUGGAAUGGCAUUUGUCAACAUGUUCUGGGAAGAGCUGUUUAGCUGCAGGCUAGAGUUUAGAGAUAAAAGUACUGCUGAAAAACCUGUAUGCACUGGUUCAGAGGAUCUGAGGUACACUGACAGCAGCUUUACUGAUGUAUCUCAGCUCAGAGUAUCCUAUAAUGUUUAUAAAGCUGUAUACGCCAUCGCCCAUGCUCUUCACACUUUAUUAAACUGUGAUUCUGCAGAACAUUACGGAAUGUGUGAAAAUCAUAAAUCAUUCACUUCUAGUCAGGCAAUUCUUUUUUUUUCUUUCCUACAGUUGCUGCAUCAUCUGAAGACAGUGAAUUUCACCAACCAAUUUGAGGAGAAGGUUUAUUUUGACUCCAACGGAGAGCCGGUCCCUCUCUAUGACAUCAUUAACUGGCAGAAGGACAGCAAGGGGAAAAUUAGAUUUAUAAAAGUGGGAAGCUAUGAUGGUUCCGCUCCAUUGAAAGAACAGUUGCAGAUAGAGCAGAGCACCAUUGUGUGGACCACAGGACAGUCACAGGUGCCUUCAUCUCUAUGUAGUCCUCCAUGCACCCCUGGCAGCAGACAGGCCAGACGUCGAGGAGAGCCCCACUGUUGCUUUGAUUGUUUGCCCUGUGCAGAUGGAGAGAUCAGCAACCAGACUGGUUCCACCGAGUGCACCAAAUGUGCAGAAUACUACUGGUCAGACAAAGACAAGGUGAAAUGCGUUGCUGGGGUCGAUGAAUUCCUCUCUUUCCACGACAUCAUGGGCAUCAUCCUGGUCGCACUCACACUGCUGGGCGUUGUCCUGACAACCAUCGUCACUGCCGUCUUUCAACGUUUCCGGUACACACCGAUUGUCAAGGCCAACAACUCAGAAAUAAGUUUCCUGCUUCUCCUGUCCCUCAAGCUGUGCUUCUUGUGUUCCCUGGUGUUCAUUGGCCAGCCAUCUGUGUGGACAUGUAGGCUCCGCCAGGCAGCAUUUGGGAUUAGCUUUGUUCUCUGUCUUUCCUGCCUACUCGUUAAGACCAUAGUGGUUCUCUUGGCCUUUCGUGCUAAUGUACCUGGUUCGAGGGCCCUGAAGCAGUUUGGUCCCUCUCAACAGCGGACUAUGAUCCUCUGCACUACAGCUCCUCAGAUUUGUCUCUGCGCUGGUUGUCUUUUGGGUGCACCUCCUUUCCCAUUCAAGAACUCAAACUACCAAGCCUCAACUGGAAAAAUUAUUGUGGAGUGUAAGGAGCCAUGGCCUCCUGGAUUUUAUCUGGUCCUGGGCUACAUUGGUCUACUGGCCUUCGUCUGCCUCAUCCUGGCGUUCCUUGGUCGCAAGCUACCUGAUACCUUCAAUGAGGCAAAGCUCAUCACCUUCAGCAUGCUGAUCUUCUUGGCCGUGUGGAUCUCUUUCAUCCCGGCUUAUGUCAGCUCUCCUGGGAAGUUCACUGUGGCUGUGGAAGUAUUUGCUAUAUUAGCCUCCAGUUUUGGACUGUUGCUCUGUAUUUAUUUGCCGAAAUGUUAUAUAAUAUUACUACAGCCUGAGAGAAACGUUAAGAAAGGAAUGACGGGAAAAUAUCUCACAUGA